AUGCGGACGCCGGCGGAGAUGAUCGUGGGGCUGGUGCUGUGCCCCUGCGGGCUCCUGCUGACACUCACGGGCACGCUGGCACCCAGCUGGAGGCAGGUGAGCCUCGUACCUGACCAGCCCAUGGACGUCAUUUGGGAGCAGGGCAUCUGGGACAUAUGCAGGGAGCGGCAGAGCACCCACGACCGCCUCUGCGGGCAGGCCGACGAGCUGGGCUACUUUGAGCAGGUGCCCGUGCGGGUGGCCCAAGGGCUGAUGCCCUCCUCGCUGGUGGUCACCCUGGUGGGCUUGGUGGUGGCUGCCCUGGGUGUUCGCUGCUGGCAGCCCGAGCCCCGGCACCUGGUGGCCGGCGUGGCAGGGCUGGUGCUGCUCCUCUCCGGGCUGAUGAGCCUCGUGCCCAGCUCCUGGUACACCCAGGAGCUGUGGGCACUGCCUGCCCCGCCUGGCAGCACGCUGACCGUAGGCUACAGCUUGGUGCUGAGCUAUUUGGGAAGCUGUCUGGAAAUCCUGGGAGGGCUGGCCCUCGCCCUCAGCUUCCAUCACUGCUGCAAGGAGCGCAGAGCUCCCAAAUUGGCCCCCACCCCUGUGACAGAGGCUGGCUCGGGCUCCAGUAGAGCUUACAACAAUCCCUGGGACGUGCUGGAGGAUGAGAAGGAUGGACAGCGCUGGGGGAGAAGCCCACCUUGUGACUCUGACUUGUAG